AUGAAGUCGUUUGUCACCACAGUCAUCGCGAGCUCUUUUCUGAGUCUCGGACUCGCCAACCCCGUCAACGUGACUGAGCGUGCUCCUGGUGGCGGUGUUUAUCUAUGCCCCGGCGCCAACUGGACACCAUCAAAUCUAUGCCAGCACAUUGACAUGACAAAUGGCGGCUGCUGGACAAUCCCAUGGCAGACUCUGGGAUCAAUCGGUCCCGACGCGGGCUGGGUGUGCUCCAUGUUUGUUGAGCCCAACAACUGCGUCUACAGCUCUGGCAACCUCAACUCUGGCGGCAUCUAUACUCCUGGCGUUGCCGACUUGACAACCUGGAACGAUGGCUUCACUGGGAAAUGGAACGGAUACUGGUUUACCGAUGCAAAGACCGUCCAGUGCGAAUAUGCUUAG